UCCAAGAGCACGAAGAUGCCUCCGGUGCCCGAAGAGGGCGAGAGCCAGCCGAAGCCCGUGAAGAAGAAGGUGAAGUCCAAGACGAAGUCUGUCAAUUGGGGCUUCUACAUCAUGAAGGUACUUCGGCAGGUCCACCCCACGCUGCGAAUUUCCAAGCAGGCCAUGACGGUGAUGGUCUCGUGCGUGGAAGAUACCUUUGACCGCAUUUCCAUGCAGGCGAACAGGCUUUGCCGGCGCAGCGGCUCGCACUCCAUCAACACCCGUGACAUCCAGUCGGCCGUGCGUCUGGUGUUCCCCGGUGAGCUCUCCCGGCACGCAGUCUCCGAGGGCUGCAAGGCGGUCAUCAACCACAAGCAGAGUGGUGGAGGGCGCAUGGCCGCUCAAGCCGACGAUGAAGAGCUUGCCGAGGAGGCUGAGGAAGGCGACGAUGAGUGA